CGUGAGGAGGGCGUGGUCACGUGUCAAUCAAAACGAUCGUAGUUGGGCAGAGAAGAUAAGCGCGUUACCUGCAUUUCACCGUCACCCCCUAAAUGCAAACUUUGUAUCGUUUUAAAAUAUGGAUACCCCGAACCCAAAGGGCAGCCACCAUGCAUCACCCUCCUUGCAGUUGUCCAAUGGCUUCAUGGUGCCUGAGGGCAAUGUGAAUCCCAACGCCAUAUUUGUGUUUUUUGGCGUUGGAACCAGGGCUACUGCAACAAAUUUGCGCGACUUGUUUGCUCCGUUUGGUCAAAUCAAGGAGGUGAAAAUAAUCACAUACCGCGGGGGAUUCAGCAAAGGCUAUGGAUUUGUGUACUUUGAUGAAGAUGUUGACAUUCAACCAAUCAUUGACCAACAAAUCAUCUGGAAGGGGAGAACACUCAGGCUGGGCCCUGCCAUCAUAAAGCAAAGGAACUGCCGUGUCAGGCAAUCACACCAGAUGAGCCUUGAACCCUGGAUGAACCCCUCUCAGUACAUGUAUUGCCCUUGCUACCCGCACACUGGAGCAAGCAUGACCCCUCCCUCACCCAUGGUCAAUGGCGGCGGCAGUCCCUACUAUCAGCCGUACCACUACAACCACUAUGGAGGCUUCAUAGUUCCACAGGUGCCAAUCAACAACACUCAGAAUGCAUACUGCUACCAGUCUUUCCUUCCCCCUCCUUUGUCCCGUCCGACGUCUGACCCUCUUCCCCUCGGCCCCGCCCAAACACACACACAGUAUACUCAAUCCUACUGGACGGGAGACCAGAGAGUGCAGCCUAUCAAUCAGAAUCCCAUGGACUUUGGAGUGCAGACCAUGCUGACUGCGCUGUAGUUCAUAAUUCGCCUGACUCCUCCCUCAAAAAAGACUGCAGGACAUGAGAACACGCACCAGACGAUGUCUCGACUUCACGCGGCUGCCAAAAUCCAUCCCCUCUCUUCUCAACUGCUUUUUCUCUUGUCUCGUCGGCUUGGCUUCUGAGACCAAUUUUAUUUUUUUCUAGUCCCUUACUUUGACCCACAAAAUGGUAGGGACCACAACCUCAGGCUUGAAUUAGUCACUUUUAACUCCUAAGGGUCAGGGAACUGUGAUGGGGUCACGAGGAAGAGCAGAGCACUCUCAUCGUGCCAGCAUGCCGAAAACAAAAGCUCCCCUUUUGCUUUGGUAAUUACCCCAACAACGAGAAAGGCUUUUAUUAUCACAUUUUGUGCCUAUUUUUAUAUUCCGUUAUUUAUUAUUUUGUUAUAUUUUAAAUGUUUGGUUGGGUCUUUUUAUUUUUUUAAUAUGCAAUGGCUCAUUGUACAAAAAAAGUAUAGUUACCAAAAUGUUUAGUGUGUCAUAUGGCUUGACAGAAAGCAGCAGUCAGGAUGUUGGGUCUUGUCAUGUCUUUCUACCACGCGGGUGAAGUUAAGCACCAGUGAAGCGACUGUCACUUUCUAGCACCCCGUCUUUCCUCCACACCCUCCCUCUAACGUUCUUCAUCCACGGCAGUGUCACUAAUCAAUUUGAGUUUGCAGUUUCAAGUGGCUUGAAACAUGUUGGACAAUCAAAGGCAUGUUUUCAAGUGCUGUUUUUUGUAUAUUUUGUUCUUGCAUGCCUCACCGGGUUGUUGUUUGUGUUGCCAGGUUUAUCCAGCUGCAAGGCGCCUACUCUAUAGAUGUGAAAUACAGUUGUUGCACAUUGAAUUGAUUUUAUUUUCAUUGGACUUGCAUCUGGAUUGUUACACCUUGGCUUGGAAUUGUUCAUGUGUGUAAAGGGUUGUUAACUGUUUAGAGAGAGUCUGACCACUGCUUUGUUUUGGUGUUCUUUUGGCUAUCAAAUCAUAAUAAAAGUUGAAGUGUGG